UAAGUAACAACUUCCGUAAAGCCGGUGUGGGGAACCGAAGAUAGACCAUGAUGGCAGAUGGUCAGCAGCAAACAAGCAGCUCCUAUCCCUUGCCUCCCAUGCAGUUUAUUAACCACUACACAGAUGAAAAUGUGGCCAGAGGAAGAGUUCCCAAACCACCACCCCCAAUACAGGAUAGCUAUGCUAUGUUUGGGAACACAUUCCAUGCAGAUGAUGUCAUCAUUCGCCCCCUGGAGAGUCAGGGAUUGCGCAGACUGUAUCCACAGAAUUACGACCACAAAAAAGAACUGAAAAAACUCAACCAUUCUCUACUGGCCAACUUUUUAGAUUUGCUGGACAUUCUUAUAAAGAGUCCCGAUUCCCCGAAACGAGCAGAAAAAAUUGAUGAUUUGAAUCUCCUGUUUAUUCACAUACAUCACUUAAUCAAUGAAUUCCGUCCACACCAAGCAAGAGAGACUUUGCGUGUCAUGUUAGAGGUGCAGAAGAGACAGAGAUUAGAGACUGCAGACAGAUUUCAGAAACAUUUGGAAAAAGUGUAUGAAAUGCUCCAAACCUGUGUGAGUUCUUUGCCUAGUGACACCAGCUUGGACAAUAAGCUUCUGGUGAAAACGGAGGAAGAGACCGUCACGACAGAGACACAACAAGAUGACAAACAGUCUGAGGGAGAUUAUCUCGAUCUACGAGAUGUGAUGAUGUGUGACAUUGUUGAUUCUAUUACAUGAAUUUUGACUGAUGCAGCAGUGAAACAGUUUAUGGUCGAAUAUAAAGAUAUAUGCCAACCCAGAGAAAGCCUGUAGCAUGAAGUCAUACUGUAAAUGGUUUUGAAUGUCGAUCAUUUGUAUGGUAAAAUUUUCUGUUUCGAAGUAUUUUUUAAUUUAGAACCAUGGUGGAUACUAGAAAAGACAUUUACUGCCCUGUUUUCUGACUGUUGUGAGGAGUAACCGUGUGUUACAUGGUUACAAAAUAAAUUAUUUGUAAACCCAUCAGAACACUGCAUCAAACAUGUUGAAGACGCAGUAAAAAAGAUUCUUCAGAUGUGUCACAUUACCGUAGAUUCUUUCCAAUUCUUGAUACUUAAAAGUGGAAAAUACUACAGCUCCAAAAUGAAUUCUUCAAAUAUUCAUCGGUCAUGUAACAAAACCAUGUUUUGUCCUCAUCUUUUUCCUCUUUAAUUCAACUGCUGACAUCCUGAGUUCAGUGCAUGUGAAAGGUAAUUGGCAGAAAUAACUGGCCACACUUCAGAAAAUGAAGCUUAAACUUUAAUGAAAGAAGUGAACACCAACACAUUUUUAUACAAGUACAUUUAUAGCAUUUAUUCCAGUAAAGAUAUAGGAACAAAAUGGCCUAUUUUUUUCUGUAAUGAAAUUUUGGUUAAUGAUUCAAAUAAUUUGAUUAGUCACUUAAUGGAUAAAGAAGAAUUUGACAGCUCAUGCAUUUGAAGCCCUUAAUAAAAAUUCUUGUGAUAAAUUCAAACCAAACUCACAAGUAUAAAAGAUAAAAUUUUGUUAUCAAACGAACUUUAUAAGAAGCUUCUGAGAUUCAAAAUUAAAUCCUUUUCAACAUUUCAAUAGAAUGUUAAAAUUACUUGCAGGUAAUGGAUUUUUAAAAAUCGUAUAAAAGAUUAUGCUAAACAAAUGUAGCCAAAAAUAUAUGACAUAAUGUGCUGAUUUUAAGAUAAACCUAUGUGAAACCAAAAUUUGGCAUCUUAAUCAUAUAAAUGGUUCAGUGUCACAGCAUCUUUUUGCCAAACAUACAAUAUCCACCCACACAUGCCAAUUGAAGCCUUUACAAUUUAUUUUUCUUAUAUUUCAUUAGGGAGCUUCCUCUGAAGAAUUUGUGUUUAAUUUGGAAAUUAACAUAAAUGGAUUAUGUUUAUGAAAGUUAUUGAGUUUUUGGUGUUUGUUUUUGUAUGUAUUUUUGCAUAAUAAUUUUUUCCUCUUA